AUGAUCUUCGGUCGCUCGUUCCGGCUCCAGACCGAUCACGCGCCGCUGUUGCGGAUCUUCGGGUCGCGUAAGGGCAUUCCCGUGUAUACGGCGAACCGGCUGCAGCGUUACGCGUUGACCCUUUUGCUGUACGAUUUCACCAUCGAGCACGUCCCGACUGAGAAGUUCGGUCACGCCGACGUGCUGUCACGGCUUAUCAGCAACCACGCCAAACCCGACGAGGACUACGUUAUUGCUAGCAUCACCCUGGACAACGAUUUGAGGUCAGUAGUAGUUGACGUAGCAAGUGCCCUUCCUCUCAGUUUUAGGGUUGUGGAGCGUGACACGCAAGUCGACCCGUUGCUGAAGAAGAUCUACCGUUACUUGCGCAAUGGCUGGCCACAGAAGCACACGAUCGUCGACUCGGAAAUUUUGCGCUUCUUCGCUCGGCAGGACUCGCUGAGCACUGUGGACGGGUGCGUUUUGUUUGGAGAAAGGCUGGUCAUCCCUGAACGGCACCGGCAGCGGUGUCUGCGCCAGCUGCACCAAGGACACCCGGGGAUCUCACGCAUGAAGGCCAUCGCCCGAAGCUAUGUCUACUGGCCUUCGAUUGACGACGAUGUGGAGGCACUUGUGAAGGCGUGCAAGCAUUGCGCAUCAGCGGCACGAUCCCCUCCGCACUCAGCACCAGUUCCGUGGCCUAGACCGACGGGACCAUGGAAACGUGUGCACGUGGACUUCGCUGGUCCGAUGGAAGGUGCGUACUUUUUGCUGAUUGUAGAUGCCUACACCAAAUGGCCGGAGGUGAUUAAGACGAAUCGCAUCACUUCGGUAGCAACAAUCGGCAUGCUUCGCAGCGUUUUUGCUCGUCUGGGUAUGCCAGAACUGCUGGUCAGCGAUAACGGGACACAGUUUACGAGCGCUGAGUUCCUGGAGUUCUGUACAACUAACGGCAUCCAGCACCUUACGACGGCCCCGUUUCAUCCGCAGUCCAAUGGCCAAGCGGAGCGUUUUGUGGAUACGUUUAAACGAGCAGUGAAGAAGAUUCAGGCGGGGAGGAGCUCAAUCGACGAAGCGCUAGACGUCUUCCUGAUGACGUAUCGAACUACACCGAAUCGUCAGGUCGAAGGCGGCGUGUCACCAUCUGAAGCCAUGUUUGGACGCCGCAUCCGAACGAAUCUGGAACUGCUCUUGCCACCACCACCAAAACCACCAAGCGAGUCAACGGAGUUGAAAGGUGGUUCCCGGAAGCGACGGUUUGAACCACACGACCUGGUUUACGCGAAGCUGUACAGCGGAAACAAGUGGCACUGGGCGCCUGGCGUUGUUUGCGACCGGGUUGGCCAGGUGAUGUAUACCGUUUGGGUCGAGGACCGCCGUAUGCUCCGAUCGCACGCAAAUCAGCUUCUCAGUCGUGCAGAUUGGGAUCCGAGGACAGAUGGAGCAGAGAAGCCGAAGUUGCCCCUCGACAUCCUGCUGGAUUCCUGGAAUCUGUCGAAACCAACACCGGCUGCGGACCCAACAACACCGACGGUCUUGGACGCGUCACUACAGUCAGCAAGUCCGGAUCAACGCUCGUCACAUGGUGUCCCAGAAUGCUCGCCAUCCAUACCAAGAUCACCCGAGCAGGUUGCACCACCUGAAAGCGAGCCUGCGUCGCUGGUACCGGGGCUUCGUCGUUCUACACGAGUUCGAAAGAAGCCUCAGCGGUUCAACUCGUACCAGCUCAAUUGA